CGUGAUGCAUGGCCAGCAUGGCACCUCAAGCCGUUAUGCGCAAAACGCGCAUCGUGUGCAUAUCCGACACGCACAACAACACGCCCAAGCUACCCCCGGGCGACGUCUUGAUCCACGCCGGCGACCUGACGAACCAGGGCUCGUAUGAUGAGCUGGAGCGAAGCGUGGCGUGGCUUGAGAAGGCGCUUUUUGAGGUGAAGAUUGUUGUUGCGGGCAACCAUGAGAUUACGCUCGACGAGCCGUUCUAUGAGGAGAAGGGCAGUCGCUGGAAGUGGCCUGCGCGGCAGAGUCCGAGAGGGUGCUUGAAGCUGCUGCGGGAGUCGAGCACGAUUACUUACCUUGAGAACGAGUCUAAAACGGUACACUUGCGAAAGCCAACGGGGCCGCAGACGUGCUUCAAGGUGUUUGGAAGUCCGAGUACGCCUGGGCCUGGCAGCUGGGCAUUCGAGUAUCAAGAGAAGGACGCGGAGAGAUUGUGGUCGGGGAUUCCUGAGGACGCCGAUAUCGUGGUAUCGCACACGCCACCGAAGGGGCACUGCGAUGCGGCUACGAAGAACGACCGGUCUGGAUGCCCUGCGCUGUUGCAGAGAUUGGCUGUUGUUAGGCCAGCGCUGCAUGUAUGCGGUCAUAUUCAUGAGGGUCGAGGGAUUCAGCGUCUCCUGUGGAGUCCAUCCCGCAGCGACAGCCUUGUCGAGAGCGUCAAGUUUUGGCAGGACCCGGGACGCGGCAGCAAGAAGCUGUCUUCACUGGAUCUUACAGCCAAGUCAGGGCAUCCUAUGGGCAAUAGCGUUGCUGUAACACGUCAGACCCAUUCUGACUCGCUGCAGCGUAGUCUUGGGGGCCCGUCUUGCCUAUCAAUGCCUGGACUUGAAGCCACUCAGCCUGAUGAAGAUAACCUAAGCUCAACGUCGUCGAGCGACUUGAGCCUCACCGAGCCUGCCGUCCAAGAAAGUGAGGCGCGCGGGAGAAUUGGGGAUAGCGGGGUUGUGGAGCAAAAGUGUGGUGAAGAUGCAUCCAGGGCAGCCUUGCAAGGCGAUUCAGGCAGUCAGUCCAGAUCGUCCAGAUACGAGGAUCGGCUCGCGACUGUGAUCAUCAAUGCUGCAUUCCUUGGGCCUAGAGUACAUGGCAGAACGGCUGGUACCAACAAGCCCAUCGUGGUCGACAUGGACUUGCCAGUCUGGCAUAUUGACGAGGAGGACGAAGAUGUACGAUGAUGUAGCGGGCUGCAAGCACCCGUGUUUGCAGCGCUGAAUGAUCUCAUCGGCGGUGUUGACUUGCUUCGAAUCCACUUUGCCCAACGUCGUGACUUUCUACGCUCAAUUGAAGACGACCACGUCGAGGAACUCGCAU